AUUCUCUCGGAGUAAAAUGAAACGAGCCUGCAAGAGCCGGCCGAACAAAAGCAUUGACGUUGUAAUUUGCAAUGUACAAUAUUAGCAAAACAGCUGACAAGUUUUCGCGAUAUAAAAAAAAGCCCUCGACACUGAGUCCUUAGAGCGAGUCCCGCAUCGAGGAACACACCGCGAAAAAUGAAGCCCUACAUGACCUGGACGUUGCUUCUCGUAGUGCAUCAACUAGGCCUCGUUUGCAGUUCUACAGAUUCGGAGCCACUAUUUCUGACGCCGUUAAUUGAGCAGAACAAUUACCAAGAAGCAAGGGCCACAAGCAGAGUGGAGCUCUUCGCGAAAGAGGCAGACGCUACGGCUCAUUCGGGCUUCAUCACUGUGAACAAGACAACCGGAAGUAACCUCUUCUUUCUCUACAUACAGGCGAAGAAAAACCCAGACGCCUACCCACUUCUACUGUGGCUCCAAGGUGGCCCCGGAUUGUCGUCCCUGUUCGGCGAGUUCCUCGAGAUAGGGCCCUUGGGAAUCGAUGGCAAAGGGCGUCUCUUCAAGAGGCAAGGCUCCCUCCAGAGACACGUGAACGCCGUGUAUCUCGACCAGCCGGUGGGAGCCGGUUACAGCUUCACCAAGGGUCUUCUCGGAUACGCCAAAGACCUCAACGACGUGUCCAGCGGCGUGCUCGAGUUCCUGGACCAGUUCAUCACCAUGUUCCCGGAGUACAGAAACCGGACGUUCUACGUCGGGGGCGAGUCUUAUGGAGCUAGGUUCACCGUCGCCGUUUCCCACGCCAUUCUCAAGGGGAAGGAACCACGCGUCCCGCUCCGACUUAGAGGAGUCAUCCUCGGCGCCGGCUUCUUGGGGCGCCUCAUGAAGGUGGCCGACUCGUCCGAGUUCCUCUACGAGAUGUCCCUGGUGACCAAAGAGGGCCGCAAGAGUCUCGCCGACAUCUUCGCCGACAUGAGGCGAAAGGUGAGAACGCUGAUCGGCAAGCUGGCCGCGCUACUGCGACUCAAGAAGACCAUCUUCACGUCGGAGAAGACGCCCACCAUGUUCCAGAAGCUCACGGGCUUCAACAACCAGGCCAGCGCGCUGUACUCCGAGAAGCCCCUCAACAUGGUCCGGUACGAGAAGUACGUGCAGAGCGACGCGUUCAAGCGAGCCGUGCACGUCGGUCGAGACGCCCAGUUUAUGGAAGCCGAGGGCAAGGUGUCGAUGAGCCUGAAGAACGACUACCUGACCGACAUCAGGUUCACCGUCGCCGUUUCCCACGCCAUUCUCAAGGGGAAGGAACCACGCGUCCCGCUCCGACUUAGAGGAGUCAUCCUCGGCGCCGGCUUCUUGGGGCGCCUCAUGAAGGUGGCCGACUCGUCCGAGUUCCUCUACGAGAUGUCCCUGGUGACCAAAGAGGGCCGCAAGAGUCUAGCCGAGAUCUUCGCCGACAUGAGGCGAAAGGUGAGAACGCUGAUCGGCAAGCUGGCCGCGCUACUGCGACUCAAGAAGACCAUCUUCACGUCGGAGAAGACGCCCACCAUGUUCCAGAAGCUCACGGGCUUCAACAACCAGGCCAGCGCGCUGUACUCCGAGAAGCCCCUCAACAUGGUCCGGUACGAGAAGUACGUGCAGAGCGACGCGUUCAAGCGAGCCGUGCACGUCGGUCGAGACGCCCAGUUUAUGGAAGCCGAGGGCAAGGUGUCGAUGAGCCUGAAGAACGACUACCUGACCGACAUCAGCCACGAAAUAGAGGACCUGCUCAAAUCAUGCAAGGUGCUCUUCUACACGGGUCAAAUGGACACGCUCUUCCCGUCGCAGAACCUCCAGGAGUACUUCCGGUCCCUAAAGUGGCCCGGCGCCACGGAGUUUCGCAAGGCGGAGCCGCAGCACUGGAAGGCGUAUCCCUCCUAUCGUUCCGUAUCCGGUCUCGUCAUCCGAGUGCGAAACAUGACCGACGUGGUGCUCUUCCGGGCGGGACACUACACGGCCGUUGACGAACCGGACGCGGCCAACAAGAUGAUCUUGAACUUCAUCGAGGGCGACGCGAACGCAUGGGAGACUCCCGAUGACGCGAAGACCCACGAAAAACGUGGGUCAACCGAAAGGGGUUAGCCAUCUCAUGCUACUUCGUGAAGCGUUUAUGAGACGUCCACCUCGGUACUUCAAAGGGCCCCCAAACCACACCCUGCUGUUUUUUACGUUUUAAUUGAACAUUCGACCACUCCCCCGCAGAUCACUGGAUCGAAUAUAGGACACGGCUACUGAAUUUCAAUAAAGGCGAAAUGCUAAAG